CUGCGUUUUUUGCGGCUCUAAUUUAAAGAGACUUCCUUUCUUCUUCUUCAAACUUGAAACUACAAUUCUCUAAAAACUUCUCAAUUUUUAAUUUUUACAAAAUUAACAUCAUUUAGCCGAACAAAGAUCGUUUAUUACCCUCUAGAUAUUUCGAGAAAUUUCUGGAUUUUUUCCAAAAUAGGAAAUUAAUUAUUAAAAAAAUAAGAAGAAGAAGAUGAUGGGUCAAUGUACAGUGAAAGAAAGAAGAAAAGUGAAAAAUUAGUUGGGUUUGUAGAAUGGAGAAUGAAGUGUUUAUAAUUAGGUUUUGUGGGUAUUUUGUAGAAGAUAAAGGGGGUGGUUAAUUUUAUAAAUUUUUUGAUUGAAUUUAGAUUAAAUUUAGAGGGGGUAAAUUGGUAAAGACAUGGAUGUGGUGGUAAUGGAGGUCGAGGAAGAAGAAGAGGAGAGAGAAAAUGGGUCAGAAGAUUUGAAAUGGGAGAAUAUAAUGCCAAGAAUGGUGCUCAGAGUUCUUCUUGUUGAAGCUGAUGAUUCUACUCGUCAUAUUAUUGGUGCCCUUCUUCGCAAAUAUAAUUACAAAGUUGCUGCUAUUUCAGAUGGAUUGAAGGCUUGGGAAAUCCUCAAGCGCUGGCACAAUAGCAUAGACCUCAUAUUAACUGAACUGGAUUUGCCAUCAAUAUCUGGAUAUGCUCUUCUCACAUUAAUCAUGGAACACGAUGGCUGCAAAAAUAUUCCUGUUAUAAUUAUGUCAUCACAGGAUUCAAUAAGUAUGGUGUUAAAAUGCUUAUUAAAGGGUGCAGCUGACUUUCUUGUAAAGCCUGUCAGGAAAAAUGAACUGAAAAACCUGUGGCGCCAUGUCUGGAAGAGGCUUGCUGUAUCAUCUUACCUUCUAUACCUCUUUUUGUUGAAUUAUUUUAACUUUCUAGUGCUGUUUCUGAUAUUUUAUUGCUCUUUCCUUUCACAGAACAAUGGUGGGAAUAAUCCUCAAAAUUUAACAAUUGGACAACAUAAAGCUGAGGCCCCAUUUGAGAACAAUCAAGCAACCAAUCACUCUGGUGAUAAUGUCUCUUCCAGCUGGAGAAGUAGUGACUUCAGUGAAAAAGCUACUGAUGCCCAAUGUCUCUUACGGAUGAAACAUCAUGGAGAAGAAACUGAAGUCAACGGCAGAGAAGAUAAACAUCAGGCUAAGGAUGUCAAAUUGGAGGAGGGAUUGUCCUUACAUACCAAUGUCAUAGAUGACAAUACAGAUAAAUUAGGAUCUAAUGUUCAACUAUCAAAAGAAGUUGAUGUUUCAACUUCUCCAAGAGUUGAAGAUGGAUCCUGUGCUGGUAUAGCAACUGAUGAUGGAGGCAAAGGCCCAGGAAAUCACACAUAUAGAGCUAAAAUCGCUGGCCAUGAUCUUCCUCAACCUUCAAUUGAAGCUGUUGACUUGAUUGUGAGAAUAAAGGAACAAGAAGGCGCAGCAAGGGGAGAGAGUUUCAAUGGAGAGUUUAACGGACACAAUUCUACUCCUGCACUAGAACUUUCUUUAAAAAGACCUCUCAAUUCAGAGACCAAAGAGGUACAUGAGAGGCAAAUACUGAAUCAUUCUAAUGCCUCUGCCUUCUCAUGGUAUAGCAGUAUCAAGAAGCCUCGGACCUCUGUCCCGUCAUCAGGUGGUGAACUGCCAAAAAUCAAAGGUACUGCUGAUUCUCUACUGUGGCCUAAGCCUUGCAGCAGCGAUUUGGAAAACAAACCCAACAUUCUUGCUCCUCAAUCUGCACAUUGUGACCCAGUUUCCCCUCACCAUCAAAUUGGGCCUGUUCCCCUACCAGGACUUGCAUUUGAUAGUGGUAUUUGGGCUAGCUAUGGUGCUGUAUUCCAGCCAAUAUUUAAUCCAUACACACGCCCAACAGCAAGAAGUCCGAACUCAGCAUUGCAAAGAGAGGAGUCACCUCUUAUGACUAGUCCUUCAAAACUCUCUGACCCAGGGACUCAUAGCUCUAUUCAAGGGUGUGGCCAAGCUGGGGAUGAGCUUAAAGCUAGGGAAUCAGCUGAUCAAUCUGGGUACAGCAGCUCACAAGUCGUGGAUCCAAGUGGCAGUAGUUCUCAGAGUAAUGAUUUUGGUAAUCAACAAAAUCUCAGUGCACAUGGAAGUGCAUCCGAGAUUACUGAUGUUAAUGCCACUGCCCCUGGCAUGAAGGAAUCGAGCCUUAUUGAGGAGACUGAAAGCUGUAAGCCCUUAGUACAUGAUCAGUUCAAGUUAAAAAUGGGUCUUCAUUCUGCAGAAAGAGAAGCAGCUCUAGCUAAGUUCCUACAAAAACGGAAAAACCGAUGCUUUGAGAAAAAGGUGCGGUAUCAAAGCAGAAAAAAACUAGCAGAGCAGCGGCCUAGGGUGAAAGGACAAUUUGUUCGCCAAGUCCCAAACGAUCAAGUGCUUGCUAAUGAUAAACUAUAGAUAUUUUUCCCCUUUUGUUAACAAACUCUUGUUUCUCGUCUCUUCCUUCAUCCAUUUAUAUCGAGUAGAAGAAAAACAAAGGAUCAAAUGAACGAAACCAGUUGUCUAGAAAUUGUUGAUGAUGCGGAUACCUGUAGCUUGUAGCAAUUUAGGAACAUGGAAAAAGUUAGGGUUGUGGUAGCUGAAAAUGGUCUCAUAUGUAGCAUUUGUUUAUCUUCACGAGCUUCUGAUAUUAUAUAUUAUAUACAUACCUGUAUUACAUGCAUUCUUUAUCUGAUCAACUAUAAGAACGAAAAUUGUCUUGUAAAUUUGUAAUUUGUACAUGGCAUCCACCCUUUAUUUGCACGAUUCUGGUGUUAUAUAGCCUUCAUACUUUUGCUGAUGUAUA